UAUCGAUGUGCAAAUGAUUUGUUUUGCGAUCAGACGAUUUGGCUGCUAAAGAUCCAAAUGAUUUGUCACACAUUUGCACACGACAGAGAAGUGACAAAUAUUGUCCACAUUCAUUCACACGGUUUAACCAUUUGGUCAUAAAUACUUAAACAGCUGAUCAGUUCUCAACCAUACUUUUGCAUCUGUGAUACAUAUUGUGAGAUUUUAAGUGAAAUAUACAAAAAAUAAUGGAUACGCAAAGGCAAAAGAAACUCGCAGCGAUUAUAUACAUUUGUUAUUAUAUAAAACGGAAAAGAUGUCUUGAAAAGAAUAGUAUUCCUAGAAAGAAAAGAAAUAUGACUCCACGAAGUGUUUGGGUGAACGAAUGGCUCCUUAAAAGGUGCACCGAGGGCGCUUACGAAAAAACUUUGCGCGAGUUCCGGGAAAUAAAUAAUCAAAAAUAUUUGUUUAAAAAUUACUUACGUAUGAACGAAACGACCUUCAGCGAACUUCUUAAAAAGAUUUCUCCAUUUGUAAAAAAGAAUGAUACAAAUAUGCGAAAAGCGGUUCCAGACUGUGAACGUUUGGCUUGUACACUGCGCUUUCUCGCUUCAGGGGACAGUUUUAAAAGCUUAUCUGUAGUUUUUCGUAUUGCGCCCAACACUAUAUCUUUAUUCAUACCGGAAGUUUGUGAUGCAAUUUACAAAACACUCAAAGAUGAAUAUUUGCAGGUUCCAUCCAAUGAAGAUCAAUGGAAUGAAAUUGCCAGAAAAUUCAAUGAAAAAUGGAAUUUCCCCAACUGCAUAGGAGCAGUUGAUGGGAAGCACAUCCUAAUGGAAGCUCCGACGCGAUGCGGAAGUACCUACUUUAAUUACAAAGGUACUCAUAGCAUAGUCCUAAUGGCUAUUGCAGACGCAGAGUAUAAAUUCGUAUAUAUUGAUGUUGGCUGCAAUGGACGAGUUUCCGAUGGUGGAGUUUUUGGCAAAUCAACUUUCCAGCACGCCUUGAACAUGAAUUCUCUUGGACUACCUUCAUCUAGACCAUUGGAAGGCCGCGAACUUAAUGUUCCAUACGUUUUAGUGGCAGACGAUGCCUUUCGUAUGCAAAAGCACUUACUAAAGCCAUACCCUGGAAGAAAUUUGUCAGCUGGCCAGCGCAUAUUUAAUUAUCGUUUAUCAAGAGCAAGACGUAUUGUUGAAAAUGUGUUUGGAAUAAUGGCCAAACGGUUUCAAGUAUUUUCCCGACCAAUUCGUUUGAAUCCUACUAAAACAACAAAGGUCACCAUGGCUAGCUGUGCUUUGCAUAAUUUUUUGAUAACGAAAUCUUCGAACUAUGUGGAAAGCCAAACUGAUGAGGAAGGCAAUCUAAUACCAAUUGAAUUUAACCAAGUUUCACUUCGACCAGUUCAAGAAGGAACAGUAGAACAGCCAAACAAUUACAUAAGCAAUGAAGCAAAGGAAAUAAGGAGAGAAUUUGAAGAAUAUUUUAUGUCUGUCAAUGGUGAAGUACCAUUCCAAUACAGACAUUUGUAA